AUGGCGGAACUUGCAUCUAGCAGAUUGAUUCUAGUAACCGCUGCUAUUUUGUGCAGCUUGAGUUUAGGAAGCGAAUGUCGGUCGAAGUCCCGAUUUAUCAACAUGCAGUGCGAAUCCUACAAUGAGUCGUAUGCAGUUUUUGAGAAAUGUAAACUCAAUUUACUUGGAAGAGGUCGUGUGGGAGCCGACAUGUAUUUAAAGCUGUUUCAAACGCCCGUAGAGAACUGUUGGAUUAAUUGGGCCAUGUACCGCCGCUAUAAUGGCUUUCAGCCGUUUCUGUACAAUGUCAGCACCGAUCUCUGCCAGCUUUUGGGUAACCCGAAUGCUAUAUCGUUUCAAGGACUCGUUAUUAAUGCCAUUAAGAAGGGUUCGAAUUUAAAUCACUCGUGUCCAUAUAACCACGACAUUAUUGUGGAUAACAUGGAAUUUUCAGAUGAUUUCCUUAAGACUUUGCCUCUACCGCAAGGUGUCUAUAAAAUACAACUUCGUUUUGCCACUUACAAAGUUUGGAGGGUACAGGUGGCAGUGUUCAUAGAAAGAACAGAAUAA